AUGGAGAAGGCGGUCGAGCGUCUGUCGGGGUUGCAGAAGUUCCCCGACAACAUAAGGAACAUUUGCGUCCUCGCACACGUUGACCACGGCAAGACCACCCUCUCCGACGGCCUCAUAGCCCACAAUGGGUUCAUCAGUCAGAAGCUCGCGGGGAAGUUGAGGUUCAUGGACUUCCUGGACGACGAGCAGCGACGGGGCAUCACCAUGAAGAGCGCCGCGAUAUCCUUGCUUUACACCCCGAAAUGCGCCGUGGGCGGGGACGAGGCGCAACCGGAACCACUGCUCAUCAACCUCAUCGACUCACCGGGGCACGUCGACUUCUGCAGCGAGGUUUCCACCGCGGCUCGCCUCAGCGACGGAGGGCUCGUGGUGGUGGACGUGGUGGAGGGCAUCUGCGUGCAGACCCACGCGGUGCUCAGGCAGGCUUGGGAGGAACGCCUGCAGGUGUGCCUCGUGUUCAACAAGCUCGAUAGGCUCAUCGUCGAGAUGGGAUACACUCCCACGGAGGCGUACGAGCGGAUGAGGAACCUGCUCAACGAGAUCAACGGAGUCAUGAGCGCCUUCGUCUCGGAGAAGUUCAUCUCGCAGGCGGACACGCUGCUGGCGACGUCCACGGAGGGAGGAGCGCUCGAUCACGGCGGGAGGGAUGACGGCGGCGAAGGGAGGGACGACGAGAUGCACGACGACGACGACAUCGAAUCCGACCACUCCACCGACACCUUCAGCGUCGAGCGGGGCAACGUGGCCUUCGCGUGCGCCGCCGACGGGUGGGCGUUUCGAACCGACGCGUUCGCCGAGAUGUACGCGUCGAAACUGGGGUGCUCGUGCACGGCGCUGCGACGGGGACUGUGGGGUGACUGGUUCUUCAGUCCCAAGACGCGAAAGAUCGUGGGUAAAAAGGCGGCGGGGGGUAAGCUCAAGCCCCUGUUCGUGCAGUGCGUGCUCGAUCCCAUCUGGAAGCUGUACAAGGUGGCCGAGGCGGAGAGGCACGGGUACCCUCCCGAGGGCGGGAAGGACCUGGCCGCGAUGGCGGCGUCCCUCAAGGUGGACGUCGCGGAGAAGGACCUUAAGAGCGCGGAUCGGAAGACGGCGCUGGAGGCUGUCAUGAAGGCUUGGCUGCCCCUGUCCCCGGCUAUCCUGGAGAUGGUGGCGCACCGCCUGCCCUCCCCGACCGGGUCGUCAAAACGCAGGGUGCACAGGCUGAUGCCGGCGCCGACGCUGAAGCAGACGCUGGCGGCGGACGACGACGCCGCCCUCGCGGCGUCGCGCAAGGCUGUGUCGAGGUGCGACGCGUCGGAGGGAUCCGUCACGACCGCUUUCAUCAGUAAGAUGCUCGCGGCGCCGGCUUCGGCGGUUCACGGAAAGUCGACGGAAAGGAAUGGGGGGGCGUCUGUGUUUCUCGGGUUCGGCCGCGUGUACUCGGGCGCGCUCAGGGAAGGGGACGUCGUGUACGUGAUCAACGGCGCGUACGAUCCGAGCGAACCGGACGACGGCUCCUGCGAGGAGAUCGUCGUGGAGGAGCUGUACCUGAUGAUGGGUCAGGGCAUGUUCAGGGUCAAGGAGGUGCCGGCGGGAAAUAUCCUCGCCGUCGGUGGAUUGGACAGGCACGUGCUGAAGAGCGCCACGCUGUCCAGCAGCAAAAUGUGCGCGCCGUUCGGAAACAUGAUGUUUCAGGUGGCGCCCAUCGUGAAGGUCGCCGUGGAGCCGGAGAGCGUCGCGGACAUGCCGGCGCUCGUUGAGGGUCUGCGCCUGCUGAACCGCUCGGACGCCUUCGUGGAGGUUGGCCUGAUGGAGACCGGGGAACACGUCAUCGCGGCAGCUGGCGAGGUGCACUUGGAGCGCUGCAUCGCGGAUCUUCGAGAGAGGUUCGCCAAAAUCGAUUUGAAGGUGUCGCCUCCUCUCGUGUCCUUCAGGGAGGGCGUCUCGACGACUGGAUCGGCGACGGUGACGACGUCAAACGGGCUGCUCACAAUCAAGGCCACCGCGGCACCCUUGCCGCCUUUCUUCCCCCGUGUCAUCGAGGAUUCCGCUGACAGUCUAAAGCAAAUCCUGCUGUCGGCGCAUCAAAAGGCAGGAGACGCCGCGGACACGCUCGUCCCUGAGAUUAUGGGCAAGUUGAACAAGGCGAGGGAGGCUGUUGCGAUUGACGGCGACGGCUCUGAAGAUGUUAUCGAGAAGACUCUGUCAUCCGCUUGGUCGCUUGGGCCGAAGCACGUCGGACCAAACCUGAUGAGUGUCGGCAAGAUGCUCGAUGGUGAUCGAGGCCGGGCUGAGAAACAAAACGGAAUUAUUGAUUUCUCUGAUGCCAACGUGGUGAAAACGAUCGAAGGGAACGCUCUCACGGGAUUUCAGAUGGCGUGCGAGAGAGGUCCGCUCUGCGAAGAGCCCCUCUUUGGUGUGACUGUUCAGCUCGAAGUGUAUUCGAAGGUUGACGCGGAGGCUGGCGGUGACGGCGAGGUUGGCGAGGCACAGUACGGACCAUUUUCUGGUCAGGUGGCCAGUGCCGCGAGGGAAGCCAUCCGGAAGGCCGUUCUCAAGGCUGGUCCGAGACUGGUCGAGGCUAUGUAUCUCUCAGUCAUCAGCACGACUUCCGAGGCUCUGGGAGGCACAUAUUCUGUCCUUGGACGCAGACGGGCCAAGGUCAUCUCCGAGAGCAUUCGAGAGGGGACGGGCGUGUUCAUCAUCCACAGCUACCUUCCCGUAGCAGAGUCUUUCGGGUUCGCGGACGAGCUUCGACAGUGUAGCUCCGGUGCGUCUAAUGCGCAGCUCAUGCUCAGUCAUUGGGAACACCUGGACAUCGACCCUUUCUUCAAGCCUAAAACGGAAGAGGAGCGCGAGGAGUUUGGGGAAGACGGUUACGUGGGACCGAACAUGGCUCGUCAACUAGUGGAUGCGACGAGACGCAGAAAAGGACUAAAGGUCGAGGAGACUAUCGUCAAGGAUGCCACGAAGCAGCGGACGCUUUCAAGAAAGGCAUGA